GUGUGGUUGAACGAUGGAAGACCCCACGGUUGAGGAGUCGACGCGCAAGUCGCUGCUCAUUCCGGUGCAUAAGAGCGAUGAGAUCGUCGAGCUGUUCACGGACGAAUUCCCCGACGAUGCAAACGACAUCAUGGACAUUCUCCGAGCUGAAAUCGCGCCGCUGGAGGUGUGGCUGAGCGUCGCGAUCGAAUACUACCUCCAGGGGCGCACGGAUCAAUUCGAAGUGAUCUUAGAUCAAGCGACGAUGCCAGAAGCCGAGGAGAUCUAUAACGACGAUGCCGCACGGAAGAGUCGACUAAAGAUGUUCAACGCGUGGGUGUCGCAUUAUGUGAACGUCAUGUGGAACGAAGACGACGAGCGGCGCCGCGAGAUUCCCGCUCAAAAGGCGGUCGCGUUGUUCCAAAAGGCCGAUCGCAUCGAUGCGCAGUGCCCCAACACGUUAGUUGGGAAGGCACUCAUGUUCAUGGCGAAGGGGGAGGACGAGCGCGCCGAGCGUUUCCUCAAGAACGUGCUGAUCGCGGACAAGGAGAACCUACCCGCCAUCCUCGCGUCGGCGCUGCUGCAUGUUCGCAAAAAGAAGUUUGUCGAAGCCAAGAAACUUUACCAGGAAGCGAUCGUGCUGCACCCGAAGAGCCCUCAAGCGAGCCGCAUCCGCAUGUGUUUUGCCUACUGCUGCUACCAAAUGGGCUGCGUGGACAAGGCCAAGGCCGUGAUGAAGUACGCCGCCGCGCUCGACGACAGUAACGUCACGGUCAUGAUGGCGAACGCGCUGUGGUCCCUCGCGUCGUUGCCCGCCGACGACCGCCUCCGCUCCAUGCAAGACGAAGGCUCUCGCUUCAUGGCGCUAGUCCAUCACGCGCACGCAUUGGAUCCGAAGCACCCGUCAGUUCUAAAUCACUUGGCCAACCACUACUUUUUGCAGUGGAUUCCGCUGCCGGGCACCGUGUCCGUGGUCCGGGGGUCGGCUAUCGCCACAACCACCCACGACAUCUCAAACGACGUCGUCCACGGCCAGCUAAUUUGCAUCGGGGACAAAUACAUUGCGUAUGUUCAAGACGUGUCAUCUCGAAGCAUCACGCUGGACGUUCCUUUCAAGGAAGUAUCUCGGUCAGGGCUGUCGAUCAGUCGCAAAUUGUACGACCAAAUGAACACUCUCGCAUCGAAUGCGUACCAUGCGACUCAAGUCAAGGAACUGCGCGCAGAAAGUUGCUACUUGAUAGCGCGCGGCCACCACGCCGAAGGCAAGUACCAGGAAGCAUUUGGGUAUUAUUACAAUGCUGCGCGCAGCAUGCCGUCGUACGCGAUGCCAUGGUACGGCCUCGCACAAAUGUAUUACCACCAGAACGUGCUGGAAAAGGCGGUUGUGUACUUGGAGAAGACGCUCAAGCUGUUCCCAGACAACACGGACGUGCUGCUGUUCCUCGGGCAUGUGUACCGUCGGUUGGGCCGCAAAGCGGACGCAAUCGCCAACUUUCGACGGGUAGCCGACCUCGACCCGGGCAACGUGGACGCGCUGAUCGGGACCGCCGAGAUCUUGCACGUGUCCACGGAGAGACAUGAACAACUGGCGGCAAUUUCCGCAUAUGUAGCGGCACAGCGCGUGCUUCAAAACGCCAUGGAACCCGUGCCCGACGGCCUGCACACGAAUUUUGGGUCGCUACAUAUGCGAGUGGGGCAGAUUCACGAAGCGAUCGAGUGCUACGGGUUGGCCCUCAACCAGAAAACAACGAUCGCCGCCAUAUUUGAGGUCCCCGCUGUCACAGAAGCCAACGUGACGGUGCUGUACAACUUGGCGCUUGCGUACGAAAAGCUGGGCGAGUGGCGCGCGAGCACUGGGAUUUACAAAGCGAUUCUCGAGACAUUUCCGUGGUAUUUGGAUGCGUUGCUGCGGCUGGCCGUGCUCGAGCGCGACGUCGGCAACGCCGACAAGGCCACGACGCUGCUCGACCAGGCGCUGGCCCAAGACCCGACGUGUGCCACGGCGUGUUUGCUGCAGGCCAAUAUGCAUUUUGCCAAGCGCGAGUGGAGUCUCGCACAGAAAAAGUACGAGGCGGUGCUCGGGAUGAAGCAGCCGGAUGGCGGCAUGGCGAUGAAGAACGACCCGUACACGUUUCUGAGUAUGGGCAAUAUUUUCAUGAGCAACAUUGGCGAAAAGGGCCGCUAUGUCAAGAAUAUGACGCUGAGCGAGACGUACUACAAGAAAACCCUGAGUGGCCAUGCGCAAAACGUGUAUGCGGCCAACGGGAUUGGCAUCAUGUUGGCGGAGAAGGGCCAGUUUGACAAGGCCAAGCUCGUGUUUGCGCAGGUGCGCGAAGCCGCGCCAGACAUGCCAGACGCAUGGAUCAACCUCGGACACAUCCACAUGGCCGAGCAUCGGUUUGGCGAAGCGAUCCAGCUGUACCAGGUUUCGCUCGCCAAGCACUACAAGGGGCAGGACGUGUCUGUGCUCCUGUACUUGGCCAAGGCGUACUAUGAAGCCAAGCGGUACAGCGAAUGCAUCACGGCGCUGACAAAAGGCAUCCACAUGGCCCCGCAAGAACUCAAGCUCUGGUACAACUUGGCGUUGGCGCAAGAGGAUUUCGCGGUCGCGACGCUCGGCGAAACGUCGGCGUCGGUGGCCAAGUCGAGCCGCACGAUGGCGGACGUCCAGCGCGCGAUCAGCGACCUCCAGCGCGCCCAGCGCAUCUACGCGUUCUUGGACGUGGCCGUGCCGGCGGAAACCUCGUCCAAGAAAGCGCACCAGAUCGAAAUGGACAAGGUGCGCGACCACGCCAAGUUUUGCCACGAAACGCUGGAAAAGGCCAGUGUCCAUUUGGAAUUUGAACGGCAGCGCGAAGAAAAGCGCAAGGCAGACGCGGAAAACCGCCGCCGCAUGGUGAUGAUGCUCGAAGACGAACAGCAAGCGCAGCUGGUGGCGCAAAAGGAACGCGAGGCCGCGCUCGAACUCAAGCGCGCGCAGAUGCUCAAGGCGACCCAGGAACGAUUGAAGGCGGCUAGCGAGGCUUGGAAACAAAAGGAAGCGGAUACUGCGUCCAAAACGGCCAAGAAAUCGAGCAAGAAGCGCAAGGCAGAUGUGUCGGACGACGAAGAUGACGAAGAUGAUGUUGUUGGCGCGAUCCCGGACGCGGCGGCGGCAGCAUCAUCGCCCCCACCGGCAAAGAAACCAAAAGCCACCGACGACUUGUUUGGUUCCGAGUCGGAGCACGAAGACGACGAACGAGAGACAAUUCACGGCACAAAUGUAUCGCCACCCCGGGAAAUGGACGACAAGCAGCACGCGGAGUUGUUUGGAUCGGAUUCGGACGAUGAUUAAAAAAAAGUGUGAUGUAGCAAGUGUUUGGACGAGGGUGCGCCGGCGGAUUAUAAAAAAAUAAUAUAUAUCGAGGUGCCACCAUCACCAAAGUACAUAUA